AUGGCUAGACAAGUACCAAAACUUCUACUUUACAAACGUGAUGCUAGCCCGCCAUCUUGCGCGGUUAUGAUGAUUGCUGACAUUUUGGGCUUGAAAAUGGACUAUAAAGAACCAGAUCUAUUAAAAUUGGAACAUAAAUCUGAAGAAUUUAAGAAGAUAAACCCUAUUGGAACGAUUCCAGUGCUUCAGGAUGAUGAUUUCGUUAUUUCGCAAAGCCACGCAAUAAUCAAGUACCUUCUAAACAAAUAUGGAGGGGAACACCGGGAGCGGUUGUAUCCAAGUGAAGCGCGCAAGCGAGCGUUGAUAGACCAAUCGCUGUACUUCGAUGCUAGUAUUCUCUUUAAUCGACUGAAAGUUGUCGCGUUACCAACUUUACUAGAAGGUUUGCCGGCUCCCUUACAAGAGCAUCUAGACGACAUCGACGAGGCAUACUCCGUAAUAGAGGCGUAUCUACAAAAGAGUCAAUAUAUUGCAGCAAAUAACUUUACCAUUGCAGACAUAUCUGUCGGCUCGACAACCGCUGCCUUGCAAGCUAUACGUAAACUGGAUGAAACUAGGUUUCCACGAAGCGUGGAAUGGCUCGCCCUUAUUAACAAUGAAAAUUGCUUCAAAAAUGUCAGCAAUGGCUUUGCUUUGUUUGGAAAAUUAUUGAACAUUUUCUGGCAAAAAAAUAAACAUUGUGCUCAAUAUGUUGUGUUCUCCAUUUAU